CGAACGCGACGCGAAGCGUUGCGAACGGGCCGUCAGACGCGGCGAAGCAGUUCGAGUUGUGUUUUGACGCGUGUAAACGCUAGAGGUGCUUCGACUGGGCAGUGUUUUGUUUGUUUUGUUUUGCUGACAGUGUUCGGAAAUGGAAAUCGAUGCGGAAAAUUUAAUUUAUUCCGUGUUUGCGAAGAAGCCCUUGUGAGAUAAAACAACGAAACUUUAUCGUAACAAAUCGGUUGUGGAAAAGCUGUGGAGAGAAGUUUUCACUGAGCUGGGAGAAGAUGUUACUUCGGAUGCUGCUAAAAAAAGUGGAAAAGUCUCCGGGAUACCUUCGGAAAGGAGUUGCGGAAGGUCCAGGAAGGAAGAUCCGGUGACGCAGGCCCACUAAAUUUUGAGUCCCACACUUCCUGGCCCUACUACCAGUCGAUGCUGUUCCUCAGGCACCAAAUGCGGCCCCGGAAGUCUGGUGUAAAUCUCUCCGCAGCUGGUGGGGGAAAUAAUAAAGACGGCGAAAAUGAGGAUGAUACUCAGGAAUGCCAAGAGAUUGGGGGACAGGAUAGUGUUGCUGGUGGUGUUGCGGAUGCGGAAGCAUCCAGAGCAUCGGAGUAUGCAGAUCACUCCAAUAUAAGUGAGCCCAAUUUCCAUCACCCAUCGAACAGACCCACCAAGCGAACUGCUCAGCAGCAGCUCAUUGAAAUCGAGGCGCGGAAGCUCAAGCUUCUAGAAAGCAAGGCAAGCCGAAAGCCCAGCCCGAUCGACGACGAUGAAGAUGCAGCCUUUUUUAAGAGCUUGCUUCCGCAUGUCCACAAGCUUAAGCCGGAGGAUAAAAUGGACUUUCGGAUGGAUGAAGGUCUGGUGCAGAAAUACGUUAACAAGAAACCGCUGGAAAAUCUCACCUCAUACGCCAUUGCUGGAAAAUCAGAACAGACUAAUGUUCCUAUUCCUAAAAAAUCGUAUGGUAAUCGUGCAGCAUUUUACUAUGCUGAUAGUCAUCCUCAAGAUCCUGGAUCUGUAAGAAGGUACUUGUCAAUGGUCCAUAUACAACGUGACUCCGAUAAAAAACAUGCCGAGGAUAUGCUCUUCGACAUGUUCAAAAAUGAAAAAACCGGGUUAAUCAAUAUUGGCAAAUUUCUUGCGGCCCUCCGUACAACCGGUAUACGUCGAAAUGAUCCUCGCAUCGGAGAAAUGAUGGAGAAUUUGAAGAAGGUGCACAAAUUGAAUAAUUACGACGGUGGAUCCCCACUCACGCAGAACCUUAACGCGGAAACUUUCAAAGCAGUCAUUGCUCCAAACAUUGUGCUAAUAGCACGAGCCUUCCGACAUCAAUGUGUGAUACCCGAUUUCCAGGGAUUUACGAAGGAUAUUGAGGAAAUUUACUGGAAGUGUAAGAGCAAUACCGAUGGGAAGGUAGCAAGUUAUAUCCCACAAUUGGCACGUGUAAACCCCGACUACUGGGGUGUGAGUGUCUGCACAACUGAUGGGCAAAGAUUCUCGAUUGGGGAUUCGAGUGUUCCAUUCACAUUGCAGAGCUGCAGUAAACCACUGACAUAUGCUAUUGCGCUGGAAAAGCUAGGAUCUGAUGUUGUUCACCAGUAUAUAGGUCAGGAACCAAGUGGACGAAAUUUCAAUGAGCUUGUACUAGAUUAUAACAAGAAGCCCCAUAAUCCGAUGAUCAACGCCGGAUCCAUACUGACUUGUUCCCUGCUGAAGACCUUGGUUCAUCCGGAGAUGACUUUGGCCGAAAAAUUUGACUACACUCAAAAUUGGUUUAGCCGUAUGGCUGGCAAUGAACCGCUUGGUUUCAAUAACGCUGUGUUUCUGUCCGAACGAGAAGCUGCCGAUCGGAACUACGCCCUAGGUUUUUACAUGCGCGAAUAUAAGUGCUAUCCCGAAAAGGCAAACUUGCGAGAAUGUAUGGAUUUCUACUUUCAAUGCUGCUCAAUGGAAGCUACAUGUGAAACGCUAUCCAUAAUGGCCGCAACUUUAGCAAACGGUGGUAUCUGUCCACUAACAGAGGAAAAGGUCCUUAAAGCGGAAAAUGUUCGUGAUGUUCUUUCGCUAAUGCAUUCCUGUGGAAUGUAUGACUUCUCGGGUCAAUUCGCUUUCAAAGUGGGUCUGCCGGCUAAAUCGGGUGUUUCCGGUGGUGUUAUGCUGGUGAUACCGAAUGUUAUGGGAAUUUUCAUGUGGUCACCCCCAUUGGACCCACUAGGCAACAGCUGUCGUGGUGUUCAGUUCUGCGAAGAAUUGGUGAAUCUUUUCAAUUUUCAUUUGUAUGACAAUUUGAAACAUGGUUCCAACAAGAAAGAUCCUCGGCGUCAUCGUUAUGAAACUAAGGGCUUAUCGGUCGUCAAUCUUCUAUUUUCUGCUGCGAGUGGGGAUGUUACCGCUCUAAGACGACACAAACUAUCAGGAAUGGAUAUUACAUUGUCGGAUUAUGAUGGCAGAACAGCAUUACAUUUAGCAUGUUCCGAAGGACAUUUGGAAUGUGUCAAGUUCCUGUUGGAGCAUUGCGGGGUACCGCAUGACGCCAAAGAUCGUUGGGGAAACCGUCCGAUUGAUGAGGCUGAAACUUUUGGUCAUAACGACGUUGUAGAAUUUUUGAAGGAAUGGAACGAAAAGGUGGAAUUAGCAAAAAAGCUUGGAAACGAAACGGGGUACAAUUCUGAUCAAGACAGUGUUAAAAGUACGUCUUCUGGCUCCAGUGUAAGUAGUGACAAGCACCCGACUGGUAUUUUAGACUAAUUACGACAUUCUACAAAUGUCUGCACUGAUAUAAGUAAUCAAUCUGUGGUAAUAUAUAAUGUUAAACUCAAUCACAAAUCAAGGAAGUAUUAUUAAUUUGUUUUAAGACCUAUUUGCAUAUCUAUAGAACAAACUAUAAACAAAUUUAAUUUGACACAUUUAUUGAGUUUAUUAAUAACGAAUGUCCUGCUACUACUAAAAAACUUGUGUACAAUGUAACGGCUUUAUUUGCUGACUCGAACACCAUGGUAAAAGAUACCGAAUAAUUGUGUCGCAUAGUUGCAGUACCGGCCAACUCCACAAGUUUGAGAAAUUGUUUUUUUCGGUUUUUUAGACAUUCGAUAAAUUUUUCCACUUAUUAGUAGGGAGAAACAGUACCAAUAUCGAUCAAUUUCCAAUAAAACACGCGUUUGAAAAUCAUAAUGUGCUACAAAACCGGUGGCAUGAUGCUACAGAAAAUCGUCUUUCCUGUACAAUUUUUAUUUUUGGAGUUGACCGGUUAUGCAACUAGGGUACCCAAUUAAUGAAAAAUAACAAUAAUUGUAAAACAUGAAUGAUCAAAGGAAUAUUGUGACAAUAAGCAUCUAGCUAUGAAAUUAAAUUUAUGCAUGUAAUCAAUGUACAAAAAACAUUUACAAAAAUCAGUGUAAUGUAGCCACACGAUGACGAAUGUCAAUUAUUUUAUCAGUUUCAAAGGACGCUGAAACGAAGUUAUCUUCUUCUUCUUCAAUGGCAAUUUAUUAGUACUUAGUUGAGAUUUCUAUGCCAAAUAACACGCCUUGAAUGCAUUCUGAGUGGCAAGCUCUAGAAUACGCGUGAUCACAGUGCAAGUCGGAGGAAAUUUCUUUGACGAAAAAUUCCCCCGACCAGAACGGGAAUCGAACCCGAACACCCGGCAUGUUAGUUAUGAUGCUAACCACUCGGCCACGGGAGCACAAGAAACGAAGUUAUAUAUCGAUGUUAAUGUAGUUUGUAUUAUGUGUGUAAUAAAUAUGAUAAAAGACAAAACUUA